UAAAGCUGUUAAGAUCCAAUCAGAGAUCUCACAUGUAUCGUAGUAAUAUUCACUGGGCGCCAACUGAGACAACCUCGAGGGCGGCGCCUAGACGUCACGUGACCGACAGACGCGACAGCUGCUGUCAAGUCUGUCGUAGACCCGACAGCGUCUGUCAGAUCUGUCACGUGUCCUAUAUAGGAACUCGAGUAUGAACCUUCAUACUCGUGUUCAACCUGUUUAUCAAUCUAUCGUUUGGAUUACACUCAGGCUAUAUUGUUGACUCGUUAUAUCCUCCUCCGAUACUAUCGUCUCGACAAACCCCUUCCUUCCCCAGUU